CAACAUAUCUCUGUGAGUCACAGAGAAUCCAAUGCACCUUUUCAACUUCUCUGUAUCCAUCUUUCUCUGUUAUUUAUCUCCUCUGCGAGUUUUUCUACAAUCCCUUGCAUAGCUCUGACACCAAUGGAGACAAACGGCGUCGUUUUCUUCCACCAUCGUCGAUCGCCUUCCUCCGAUCGUUUCCUCGACGUCUUCUCUCCGCCCAAUUCGGACUCCUCCGCCUCCGGCGGCGGCAGCUUCUCUCUCACCGGCGACGAACUCAACGAAGCAGAAGUCUUCUGGACCGGCGAUUUCACCGAGCCAAACAGCCGGUCCACCUCCCCCACCUUCAAGAGCCAAAAUCACAGUCGACAGUCCUUCAUCGAACCGGAAAAUUUCGGCAUCCUCGCUGCAUUGCCGGAACAUCACCGGAAACCUAACCGCCCUGUACUGUACCGGAAACCUUCAAUCACGCCGUCGUCGCGGUUGUUUCCGGCGAUACCGAAACCUCCGCCGCAGGAGAGAGAGUACUCUCAGUCCGUACCGGCUCGGAAGUUUCAGCAAUCAGCUCCGGUUAGGGUUCCGAUCAUGCAGAAGAAGGUCCGGAACGUGGUGGAGUUGGAUGAUGAAGACGACGAGGAGAUGUUGCCGCCACACGAGAUCGUCGCGAGAGGAUCGGCGAGGUCGCCGAAGACCACGUUUUCGGUGCUGGAAGGCGCUGGGAGGACGCUCAAGGGAAGAGAUCUGCGUCAGGUCCGCAAUGCUGUGUGGCACACCACAGGUUUUCUCGACUGAGAACUUUCCAGAUUUUGGAUUAAUUUUGGUUUUUGGACUGAAAAGUGUUUUUUGUUAGCUUUCACAGUCUCUUAUAUAUAUAUAUAUGUAUGUAUGUAUUAAGUUUUGUGUUGAAUGUUGAACUGUGAUGUUGAAUAUGUCACAAGUAUCAUAGAAUUUUGCUGGGGGUUUGUAAUUGUUGUAUCAGUUUUACAGGUUUUGGGCAAUCGAUACUAGUUUAUGAAUCAUAUGAAAAUUUGAUGUGAUCGGAUAUAGAAAUUAGUGAAUACUUUUUGUUUUGUUUUGGUGGAGGCA